AUGGCCGAGACUGCGACUGCGACUGCCACCGCCCCUGCGGCGGACAAGGUCCCCGCGACGCGCCCUACCAAGCCCGAUGAGAAUGUCUUUAAGGAGGAGCUCGCCAAGGCUGAGAAGGCUCACAAGGCCUCCAUGGACCUCUUGGGCGCCAUCAAGGCCAAGAUCGACAUUGCCAUGCCCAACAAGAACAAGGACCAGCCCAGCCCGACUCAGCAGCGACGACAGGAGCUCAUUGCCCAGGCCAACGAGAUCCGCCAGAAGCAGGCCGGUGGCAAGAACGCCCGCUCCUCCAAGCUCGAGCAGAUCAAGCGCUUCGACGAGCAGGUCCGCAGCCGAAUUGCGGAGCAGAAGACUGCCAAGAGCAAGGUUCCCUUCAAGAGCCUCGAGGAUGUCGAUCGCCAGAUUGCCAGUCUCGACAAGCAGGUCAACUCAGGCACCAUGAAGCUCGUCGACGAGAAGAAGGCCCUCGCCGACAUCUCCAGCCUGCGCAAGGUCCGCAAGAACUUUGGCCAGUUCGAGGACUCGCAGAAGCAGAUUGACGACCUGCGCGCCAAGAUCAAGGAGAUCAAGGACAGCAUGGAGGACCCCGAGCAGAAGGCCAUGUCUGAGCAGUACAACAAGAUCCAGGCCGAGCUUGAUGCCAUCAAGGCUGAGCAAGACGAGGCCUACAAGGGCCUGUCUAGCCUGCGUGACGAGCGAUCUAAACUCCAGGCUGAGCAACAGGAGAAGUACACCGCUAUCCGCAAGCUCAAGGACGACUACUACGGCCGGAAGAAGGCUUAUCAGGCCUACGACCGUGAGGCUCGUGAGAAGUACCGCGAGAAGCAGAAGGCUGAGCAUGAACGUGUCAUUAAGGAGCGCAAGAAGGCCGAUGCCGAGCGCCGCCUUGCCGAGGCCAGCGACCCUGCCUUCCUGGACGAGAUCCGACGCGCCAACAGCCUAUUGGCGUUCCUUGACCCCAGCCACAAGGUCGAGAAGGGCCCCCUGAUGGCUGAUACCGGCCUCGGAGCACAGGCUCAGCGAACCGUCGACGAGGCUGGCCUUAAGGGCACCAAGCUCGUCAGCAAGAAGGACCGCGAGGAGGAAUAUGCCCCUGCCGCCAAGAAGGGCAAGAAGGGCAAGAAGAGUGGCACCAGCGGUGCCUCCUCCAAGUUCUUCAACUGCCCUCCUUCGGUCGUUGAGGACUGCGCCGCCAUGGGUAUUGAACCCCCCAUGAGCGCCCUCGACGUCCCUACUGUCGCCGAGAAGGUCCGCGCCAAGCUCGAGCAAUGGAAGAAUGACCAGGAGACCCAGACCAAGGCUAACAUUGAGGAGGCCAAGCGAAAGAUCGAGGAGAUCGAGAAGGCUGAGGCCAACGGUGAGACCGUCGAUGAGGUCGCCUCAGACCUCAAGGAGACCUCUAUCUCCGAGAAGCAGGAGUCGUAA